GAUAUCAUAGUAUGGAACUGUUUGCUAUUAGUAGAAGGCGUCACAGGAUUUCAGACGAAAUUGGUUUCCUAGUGCCUCACAAUGUUAGAUUUUUUUAAUAGCGUGACGGAUCGCUGAUUGGUAACAAGCAUUUCCGAGAAGAAUAUUUUACUUUCCCGACUUACCUAUCUGCUUCCUCAAAGUAAUGCUUCAAAUGUGAUUACGACUAACAGGAUCUAAAAUAGGAACCAGAAAUAAGGUGCAUGCAGUUCGUCACACAGAUAUAUGUACGCUAUAUUUUAUGGGAAACGGAAAGAAUGGCGAAAGGGGUAUUUAUCUUCCUAUGCAAAGAACCUAUUAGUAGCUGUUACAUUUAAUGUUAAGACUCGAACUUAAGUACUAUUGUGAAGUUUAUCUAUUGAUCAAGGAAGCUUUUGCCAAAAUCAUUCAACCGGGUUUCAACGAGUUCAGAGGUCAUUUCAGAGAAAGGACUCUAUGAGUCAGAGAAUUUUUGUGUUUUUAUAUUUGAUCUCAACCAUUUUUUGUUAAAAAGCUUAUUCUGACACUACGUUUUUCAAGAUGCUCUCUGCGAAGACAAAAUAUCGUAUUUUAAAGCAAUCACCAAUGAUGCUCCGUAAGAGGUCAAACUCUUUGCCAGAAGUGCACUCAGGUUUAAGGAGGAAGAACAUGGACGUUCAACUUUUCUGUGAGGAUCAUGUUCCUCUGAAGCCUACAUCCCCUGAUGUUGAUGUUGAACUAGAUUUUUUUGAAUUCAUAACCAAAAUGCAGAGUAGUCGGUUGGACGAGCAGCGUUGUUCCAUGCCAUUAUUGGCACCAGGGGUUCCAAGCCCAGGUCCAAAUUCCCCAAAGAGAACAAGAUCACAAACGCGACGAUCGAACACAGAAAAAAUCCAAGAGGUUUUAAAAACUUCAACGGAAAAAGAGAGCGAGCCGCCAUCAAUUAUCCAGCCACAAGAUGGUGGAUAUUGGAUUGAUGGUAUCCAUGACGAUUCCCCAAGGAGCCUGGAGAUUAAACAAGAAACAGAACACUUAACGUCAGAGAAUAAACUAGAAUUUGAUGACACCGCUAAAAUGUACCGGCGAUAUUUCCUAGGCAAGGAACAUCUUAACUAUAGUGCCACAGAUGAGAACCUGGGACCGUUAAUACUAUCGGUGAAGCAAGAAGUCAUCGCGUCACAGGACUACAUAAGGUUAAUGCUGCGGAGUCGUAGCCGAACUAUACACGAGUUGCUUCCAAAUUCCUGCCUAGGUGACUCCCAGUUCUUGCCAGCCAAACUUGCUAAGCGUCUUGAAGAUGAAAUUUCAGUAGACAAAAUGCAUCCUAUCUUGUUCCUAAAGGGAUCUGAGCUCAUCGCAGCGUACGAUGAACAUGCACUGGUGAAUAAUUUCAAGUUUGGUGUCAUCUACCAGAAGCAUGGGCAAGCGACGGAAGAGGAGCUGUUUAGUAACCGCACCUCAAGUCCCGCGCUCGACCAAUUCUUAGGAAUUCUAGGAGAUAAAGUGCAAUUACUCAACUUUUCAGGCUUCCGCGGAGGACUGGACGUGAACCAUGGCCAGACAGGAUCGCAUUCCAUUUAUACCAAACACAAAGACAAAGGCAUCAUGUUUCACGUGUCAACAAUGUUACCGUAUACCGACGGUGAUAGGCAACAAUUACAAAGGAAGCGACACAUUGGGAAUGAUAUCGUAGCAAUCAUUUUCCAAGAUGAGGCAACACCCUUUAUUCCAGAUAUGAUAGCUUCAAAUUUCCUUCACUCGUAUAUAGUUGUCCGACCAAUUGAACCAAACACAGCAAACACAAGAUAUGAGGUUAGCGUAACGGCAAGAGAAGACGUGCCUUUGUUCGGCCCGGCGUUGCCAUCACCACCUGUUUUCAAGAAGGGGACCGAGUUCCGAGAAUUUUUACUUACGAAGCUUCUUAAUGCUGAGAAUGCCUGCUACAAGGCUCAGAAGUUUGCAAUGAUCCAGGAGAGAACAAAGAAAGCCUUAUUUGAUAAUUUAUAUUGUCAACUCACGGAGAAAAAUCAAGUUCUACUGAAUACGAUAGUGGAAUCUCAAAUCAUUCCGGGAAUGCCACGUGGAAGCGAGAACAACAACAGCUCCAGUAUCCUCGAUUCCUUUAAGAAUGCGUUUAAGAAAUCAAAAUCAACGGAGAAUGGAACAAUAAAAUCAAACGGUGUUGUAACACUCAGCGUAAACCAAGAGCCAGUAGAAAAAACUAGCCCAUCUACAAAGACAAGGUUUAUGAAAAUGCAAAGAAAUAACUCAGGAGGACUGUUGAUGAACAUGGAAGAUGGCAGUGCUAGUGAAAAAUUAAAAAGGAAGGAUAGUAAGAAAAAGAAACUAACUUCAAGGGAUAGUGUGCUAAGUCGGUCAUCACACACAUCUGACAGUAGCAAUGACAGUCAGCCGUCAGCUAAAAACUCUGGCUCUUAUCACUCGCUACCGAGCACACCAGACGUAUCACAUAACCGAUACUUUCACCGCAAUCUAACGCCAAGCAACUCGUACGACAGCUUUAAUAGCGAGGAGGAUCAACAGCACUAUCUCGAGGAUUCCGACACUGGAGUGGUUAGUAGUGGCCUUUGCCUCAAUUGCAAUGGAAGCAUGUCUUCCGGGUGUGCCUCAAGUAACAAGCCAAGCCCAACGGCAAUCGUCUGCACAUUCUGUCAGGAAGGGGGUAAAUGCUCAAUAGCAUUACAACAAGAAUCAGAAAUGAACAAAAUGAAGGCAGAAAUGGAUAAAAUGAAGGAAGAGAAUAUUGAACUACUGCAACAAAACAUACGGUGCCAUGAUGAGAUGCAAACAUUACGAGAACGAGACCAGCAGAACACGGAAGAACUUACCUUAACGAAGAAGGAACUCCUAAGAUUGAAAGAAGUCAAUCGAGGAUCUGUUUCCGAUGUUUAAAGCGAAAAAAAUAUAUACAGACUAAUAAAUAAGCUAAAAAAGAGAUAUUUAUUUUCGUGACGUGGAGAUUUUUAUCGUAGCUCGCAUUGAACGCUUGAAUGGACAGUAAGAUUUUUUGAAUAAAGACUAGUUGUCAAUUCAUUUUAUGAAUUGACAACUUGCAAUUCACAAGGAUUGUGUAUAUAUUCAAGCCCAAAUGAUAACGAGGACAGAUUGAGUUACAUCAUGAAAUAUGUUGAUAUGUUUUUUUAGGAGAACAGUGGAGAAUAAAGAAAAAAACAAGAUUUGAUCCUGAAAGAAAUAUUAUUUGUACUCAGUCAUGCUCUGGAAUAUAUUGAAGACAGCUAAUUGUGAAUAAAUUAACAAGGAUGUAGAUUAUUGAUUGAUAUUGGUUGAUGUAUUGAUCAUUAUUGUAGCAUUGUUCGAUCAGUCACAAUUUCCCAUGCUUAACAUCUAAAUCAAAUCCAUGCUCGUCAUUGUAAUUGCUGUUGUAUCAAUAGAGGGAGUGCUGUAUGACUUGCCUUCAGUUGAUCAUUAAAAAGGUGCAAUUAAUGUAUAAUACAAAUUUACUUUUAUAUGAUAUUAUAAAAAGAUGGUUGAAUAGAUUAUCGAGUAGGGGUAAAACUGUUUAAAGAGGGGGUUUUUUGUUUGUAAAUAUAAUAUAUACAUUUAACUCAUCAUGGUCAACAAUUCUUUUAUGAAACUAUUUUAAAAUUAUAUUUUUAAAAUGUUUAAGAUAAUUUUUAAAUGAAGAUUCAUUUGUUAUAGUGUUGGUCUAGAAUUAAUUAUUUAUCAAAUUGGUUGUUUAUUUAUCUUUACUUUCUGAGUGUUUAGGCCUAAAAUAAGGACUUUUUAAUUGUUAUUCACAAUGUGUAGCCUUAUUUUCCUCUGUUGUGAAAAGUUUGUUUUAUCCAAUAUAUAUAUGUAAUUAUGUCAGAAAGAUGUUGGUAUAAAAUUUAAAUAUCAGAAUUGAAGUUCAUAUGCAACCAAAAUACAUUGCUGAAACUGAUGGGGAAGUGUUACCAUGACUGUAUAGCAAUUGCAUCAUGGGACUGUUAUGAUUUGAAAAUUGAAACUUCAUAAAGUAACUGAAGUUGUAGUAAACUAAAGUAAAGUGAGUUGAGAUUGUUUAUGUUUAUACAAAUAUCGUUUUGUGUUUUAUUGAACAAAGUGAAUUGUUAAUCUUUAUGUUAAAUUUGUUUAUACAUUUUUUUUUUCUCAUAGAAAUAUAUCUUUGGUCUGUUUUGUAACAUGCAUUUCUAUAAUCAUGGGUUAAAACGUCAAAUACAAUAUUUAAUUUUACUUUUCUGAAAUAUUUCCAGCAACCAAUCAAAUAUCAGCCUCAUAAACAUAUCAAAAGUUGAGUUUGUAAAUUGUAAGUACUGUAACAAUAUGUUUUCCCCUGUAUAAUAAAAAUAACUAUAAAAUAUCAUGUAGUAAAUUUAAAUAUGAGAUUGUAAAAUAAAAUGUAUAUUGAUACGUAGGCCAAACAUUGUGUGGAGAAGAUUAGAAAUACAGUAAUGUGUUAUUAUUACCUCGUGGUCACUGGACCCAGAAAAUCGUUUUUUAAAUGCACAUUUUGGGAGGAUAAUUCUAGUAAUUUUAAAGUAGUUUUGCUUAAUAUCAUAAUUGUUUAACUUAUUAAUUAAUUUAUUAAUAAAUCUUGAGAUUAUAACUGAGCAUUCAUCUUCAUAUGACUGGAUAUAUGGGAGAAGCAUUAAAGAUCUAAAGUUGCAGGCUGAAACGUUGCAAUUUGAUAAAUUUUGAGGAUUCAUCCUACAUUGUCUGUUAAAAAUGAAACAUCCAGAAUUCUCAAUUCUUGAUUGGUUACAGAGCACUAAGGUACAAAUGGAUACCAUUUCAUCUAUAGUAUGCACUUUUGACCUUUGGAAUAAUAAGUGCAACAUUGUCUGAUGAGGCUACUUUAAUAACAUAUUUUGAUACCAGUAUUUCAAACAAUGGCCCAAUUAUGAAAACUAUAAGGUUUCUCAUCCAGGUUUUAUGAAAAAUAAAUGAGGAUGAUUAUCCUUUUUUUUUUUGCUACAACAAAUACACUUUGUUGCAUGUACGUCUCUGGCCUACACAUGGAUACCAUUGCCCAUAAAAUGUAAGACAUUUUACCUUGUGUAAAAAAAACGAUAUAUAAGGGAACAAGAAACAUUUGAUAUUAUGCUUUGGCCUUAUAUAAUACUAUUAUGUAACAUCGAAAAUCACGUGCAGAGGUGCUCCUGAGGAGCAAGAACAAUUAAUUUAUAAUGUUUGUUAGGUUUACCUCAGCACUUAUUGAUGUUCAAAUUUGACCUCAAUGGUUUAUUUGUUGUACAAUUGUAACUUGUUGAAAUUUGACUCCAAUCUUUGCUUGAUCAAGUGUUAAAUUGAUUGUAAUUGUCAUGCAUGCAUCAAGUACUACUUAAAAACAUCUAUGAUUUGAUGUGUAGAUGUUUAAAAAAGCAAGCAAGGCAGUUAUAGAUGAUGUAUUCUCGGCCUAAUUCCAUCACCGCUGCCGUUAUAAAUAAUAUUGCAAGGCCUGGUAAUGUCAAAUUACCACUUGUUCCUUCAGAGAAUGUACUUAAAUGUUACACAGUGGCGUCCUUUGCACAACGAGACUGUACAAAGCUAAAAAAACCGGACCAGUCAUGCCUAUAUGUGGGUGAAAGUCAUAACACCCCAAACAUUGAAAAUGUGAUGUUCCUUGUACACCAAUUUUAUUGUAUAGUUCUGUGUAUACAAAUCAUGUUAUAAGUUCAGAGUUUUGUAUUUAUUUUUCUUCCAAUGUCUGACAUAUGUUGGUCACUGUAAAAGUGACUAGUCUUAUCCUAGUCCAUUAUGAAAUAAAGCACUCGACCUACUGUCGGUAAUUAUAA